CACCAACAACAACAACAACAACAACAACAAGAUGGACUCUCAGACGCUUACUCGAUCUUCGACCUCCUCUACUGCUUCUUCCUCGCCCAUGUCUCCGGACAGGGCCAUGACCACAUCGAGCUUCUCCUCCUCCACUCGUCCCGAGAACAAGUUCCUUGGCGCGAUUCGCGAGAAGAUCAGGGACCACUCCAGGAGCCGGUCUCGCUCCCGCUCUCCGCUGCCUCCCACCUCGAUGCCCUCUUCGCAAUCUCCGUCGCCCUCGCGGCCGCAGGGCUCGCGCAACGUCUCCAACGGCAGCCAAACGACCUCGCUCAAGGACAAGCGCAGCAGCACGGCCAGCAGCAACAGCCAAUUCUCCUACUACGGCCGUCACUCGAAUGAGUGGCUGUUCAACAACUUCAGUGUCACGGACUCGAUCAAGGACGCCUACCACCACUUCAAGCCGCGCCACGACUAAGUGCGCAGCGGCCGGUCCGACUACGAGUAGUACCUUCGACGCAAGUGCCGGGACACUGCCGCCGCAGAGGUUGAUCCUCUAGCUUUUCUCGAUUGAAUCGAUUAUUCCAGCGGGCAUCUGGCACGAGAUUACGAGACGAUGCCGCAAUGUAAUGGAUGGGACGUCUGCCAGCCAGACAAAAGGCUGGCUUUGACGACAGUAAUGUGGAGGAUCCGAUACCACGGGCUCUUUUCUCACAGUGGAUUUUUUAUAGACAACUUCUUCAAUACCCCCUCAAGUUGUUCUUUCAUGUAUCAUUAGCUUUUUCCUCGGUUCUCUACGAAGAACCCGCAAUUUUGAAGUUUUUUCAACUAUCACCAC